AUGCAAAAACAAGAGAAGGCAUAUUCUACGGCUGUACCUAUCAAUAAAAUAAAUUGGGUUUUUUUUUUCGCACUUUUAACAACUAUUGAUACACGGGAAGAGCAAAGUGGAGCUUCUGCAAAGGUAGUGGAGAGAUGGGGUAAUCCAGAUUCUUCCAAAAGAAUGCUUGUUUCUUUUACAGAAUUGGGCUGUUUCGUUUUGUUCUUUGCUGCUGUUAAUGACCUUGUUGGGUUUUUAUCUCAUGACUACUUGGAAAUGUGGGGUGGUCAGGUCGACAGCAAUGCUGCUUAUUUUUCAUGGCCUACUUCCAGCCAGGUAACAGAUACUGCUGAAGAUAGGGCACAUUACUUUGGAAAUCUUCAGAAAGGGGUUUUACCUGAAACUAUUGGACGACCACCAUCAGGACAGCAAGCUACAACCUUACUUGAACUGAUGAUAAUAAGGGCAUUUCACAGCAAAUUUUUGCGGUGCUGCAGUCUUGGCACUGCAAUUGGUUGCCGGAUCAGGCAGGGUGCGAUGACUGAUAUACCAGCUAUUCUUGUCUUUGUUGCUCGAAAAGCUUACAGACAAUGGCUUAGUCAUGCUCAAUGUCUUCAUGCUGCUCUCGAGGUUCUAAAUUUUGGACUUUUGUCUGCAAUGAAUCAACUACCAGAUGAAGCAAUUGCUUUAGCCGCUGCAUCACACAUUGAGAGAGAACUGCAGAUAACACCAUCGUAUUUGAGUAGCAAUUUUGUGGCCCGUACAAAAGAGAAUGAAGAAAAGAUUGAGUGUUUGGAGAUUACUGGAAGCUUUCGAAGUCAGAUUCAGCUUCAACCAGGAAAUAUUCAUAUAAAACCUUCAAUGAUGAAGAUUGAGACAGACCAAACAUUGCCGGUUGGACAAACGUUUAAUUCACUGAAAAUUGUUGCUGUUAGGUGUGCAACUGUUUGGAUGGUUAGAGUCUGCUUCGGAGCACUUCUUAUAUUGCUGUUUUCAGGCUUAAAUUUCCCUGCUAUGCACAGUUUUGAAUCUUACCAUGGAAUGAGAAUUGUUCAAGGUCCUAAUGAUUUUGUUGAUUCAUUCUUGGGAGCACAACAUGAGGCUGCUGCAUCUUUUGGCAUAAACACAAUUUUGCUGGAAAAAUAUAUUACAAAACCAAGUCACAUAGAAGUCCAGAUCUUUGGGGACAAAUUCGGUAAUGUAAUACAUCUUAAUGAGAGAGAUUCCAGUGUCCGGAGAAGAUAUCAGAAAAUAAUUGAAGAAGCUCCCGCUCCGAACAUCAACAUGACUUCUGAUCCCACUUAG